UGGGUGUUACUGUACAGAGCAGGAGACACCCUUUGCAACUCCUCCCUAACACCAGGUUAAAAUCCUCAGCCCCACGUGCUGGUUGCAAACCUGCCUGUGACUGACGCCUAGAGCUAGAGAGCUUGCUUGCCUGGAGUCAGCAUGUCGGCUGUGGUUCUAGAGAAUGGAGGCUUAAGCAGGAAAUUCUCUGACUUUGGACAGGAAACAAGCUAUAUUGAAGAUAACUCUAAUGAAAAUAGUGCCAUAUCACUGAUCUUCUCCCUCAAAGAGGAAGUGGGUGCAUUGGCCAAAGUCUUGCGCUUAUUUGAGGAGAAUGAUAUUAAUUUGACCCACAUUGAGUCCAGACCUUCUCGUUUAAAAAAAGAUGAGUAUGAAUUUUUCACCUACCUGGAUAAACGUAGCAUGCCUGCACUUGAAGACAUCAUUCAAAUCUUGAGGCAUGACAUUGGCGCCACUGUCCAUGAGCUUUCCCGAGAUAAGAAGAAAGACACAGUGCCCUGGUUCCCAAGGACCAUUCAGGAGCUGGACAGAUUCGCCAACCAGAUCCUCAGCUAUGGAGCAGAGCUGGAUGCAGACCACCCUGGUUUUAAAGAUCCUGUGUACCGAGCCAGACGGAAGCAGUUUGCUGACAUUGCCUACAAUUACCGCCAUGGGCAGCCUAUUCCUCGAGUGGAAUACACGGAAGAAGAGAAGAAAACAUGGGGCACGGUGUUCAAGACCCUGAAGUCCUUGUACAAAACCCAUGCUUGCUACGAACACAACCACAUUUUUCCACUUCUGGAAAAGUACUGUGGCUUCCGUGAAGAUAACAUCCCCCAGCUGGAAGAUGUUUCUCAGUUCCUGCAGACAUGCACUGGUUUCCGCCUCCGACCCGUGGCUGGCCUGCUUUCUUCUCGGGAUUUCUUAGGUGGCCUGGCCUUCCGAGUCUUCCACUGCACACAGUACAUCAGACAUGGGUCCAAGCCCAUGUUCACACCUGAACCUGACAUCUGCCAUGAGCUACUGGGACAUGUGCCUUUGUUUUCAGAUCGGAGCUUUGCCCAGUUUUCCCAGGAAAUCGGCCUAGCCUCUCUGGGUGCACCUGAUGAAUACAUUGAGAAACUUGCCACAAUCUACUGGUUUACUGUGGAGUUUGGACUCUGCAAACAAGGAGAUUCUAUAAAGGCAUAUGGUGCUGGGCUCCUGUCAUCCUUCGGUGAACUACAGUACUGCUUAUCAGGCAAGCCGAAGCUGCUCCCCCUGGAACUGGAGAAGACAGCCAUCCAGGAGUACCCUGUCACAGAAUUCCAACCCCUAUAUUAUGUGGCUGAGAGUUUUAUGGAUGCCAAGGAGAAAGUGAGGAACUUCGCUGCCACAAUCCCUCGACCCUUCUCAGUUCGUUAUGACCCAUACACUCAAAGGAUUGAGAUCUUGGAUAAUACCCAGCAGCUUAAGAUUUUGGCUGACUCCAUAAACAGUGAAGUUGGAAUACUUUGCAAUGCUCUUCAGAAAAUAAAGUGAAGCCAUAGACAUAAUGGGUCUGUCAACUGACCAUCCCUGAUGGAAAUCCAACUACUUACUUCAUCUGAAAAGAUCUGGAAAGCAAACCUGAAUUUGAGAUGACUAUGUUAAAUUCUUUUGUGAACAAGAUAAACAAUCAACAUAUAAAUCAAAAUGAUCUCAAAGGAUGGUAUAUUAAUUCUUAUCCAAAAACAUAAUAGUGGGUCUUUCAGGGUGUCUUUGAUUUUUCUAUGAUAAUUCUAUAUUCUCAGUUUAUGUACAUCAUUAAUGUCACAUUUCUUCAAAGUUUCUUAAAAUGUAGAGCCCGCUUUGUUUAAACUUUAUAUAGACUUUUUGUAAUUUCACAUAGAAGACUCUUAAAGGAGUAUAUAUGGCUAAAUGUGAAAUAUCAGACUACAAUAAGAUUUGAAUUACUGAGUUUAAAAUAAAUCUUAACCUACAAAGCUUGGUUUCUAUUUGAGUUGAUAAUGAUUCCAAUUGCUGCUUUGUUCCUGGGCCUAUGUAGAUUCCCUUUAAUUCAGCCCAUUAAAAUACUUACAAACAUUAAAAUUCUAUGGAAUAAUAUAAAACAUUUUCAUGUGUUUUGUUAUAAUCAUAAAUACUACUGUGUAAGGUAAUGGAAUUUCCCGCUUGAGCCCCACAACUCCCAGAAUCAUUUUUCAAUUGUCAAAUUUGCUUGAAGACCUUAUAAUAUGACAGAUGUUAACUAAAUGUCUGGUUGGUAGAUAUUCAGUAAGCAUUCAUUGAAUAAAUAAGUGAAUACAUUACUAAACAAGAUCCAAUAAGAAAGUAAGAAUUUUAUUUGUUAUAAAAAAUAUUAAGAGUUGCAAGAUUUUUAGUUUCAGAUAUUUCUUGGAAUUAAAUAUUCCUGUCAUUGCCUUAGAAAUAUAUUAACUGGUACACUUGUGAUUUGAAGGAAUGAUCAGAGGCUUAGACUUCCAACACAUUGCAAGGGCUUAUUGUGAUAAACAAAGUCAAGUCUGGAUAGCCAGUAGACUUUGACUUUUGUUAAAUGUGCUUUUUCUGUGAACACAUGGAUGUCUUGGAAGUAAUGGGGAAAAUAAUUAUGUGUUUGAGGCCAUCACGUUAUUUUACAUGUUAUUUUUAGCAUAAAGGAUUUAAGUAAUAUAUCUUCAAAUAUAGUUCUCAGACCAUCAUCAACAGUUAAUCUUGGGUACCAUUCUAGUGCAAUUCAAUUAGAAUCUCUGGAGAUGGAGCCCAGAGAGCUGCAUUUUAAGUACUACAUUUUAUUCAUUUUUUUAAUUCACAGAUAAAUGUAUUGGGUAAUUAAGUUUGAGAAAACCUGACUUCUGGUGAUCAAUUUGCCUUUUACUAAUGAUGUUUCUUUGGAUGAGCCAUUUUGAUUUUUUGGACCCUGAUUUCACUCUAACCAUGAGUUAUUUAACUACAGAAAACAAGGUCCUUUCCAACCUUGAAAUAUGAUUCAAGUGCUCACAUAUGUCUUUAAAUAACUAUCCCUGAUCUACUAAUAGGAUGUAAUUGCACCUAAGUUUGAUAGCAGGGAAGAAAGAGUAAUUUCAUAUGAAUGUGUCUGAGAUUUAAUUAUUUUGAAAUUGGUAUUUACAUGUCUAUGUUUAUUUUCUCAUAUUUGUAGAAUGCAAUAAAGUGUUUUUCCUUCCAAA